AUGACAAUGCACCACAAGAGACAUAUUGAUGAUGCUUCACAUGGACAUUCUGCUCCAGAUGAAGGAGGUUCUUCCUCACCCACUGCAAAGUGGAAGAAAAAAAGGUGCAGGCAACAACAUGUCUCUGAUGCUUCUGGGCUAUCAGAUAUAUCAACAAAUCUCCAUCAGGCAAGUUGCCCUAUAAUCCACUGGAGUGAUUUCCCUCACCUUGCUGAGUUUCAGGGUUCAAAAGAGCCCACCAUACAGUCCCCUCCUCCCACCCAAAAGUGCAAGAAGAAAAAGAAAAAGAAAAUGCUGACCUUCCAGACUCCAGAAGCAUCACAAGAUGCCAUGCAGGGACAUCACACUCCUAACCCAGAGCCUGCGCCCUCCCCAGAGGAUUUGUCUGUCCUCAACAGUAUUAGUGUCAUCAUUGAUGCCACAUACAAAAUUGCUAUCUGCAUUGAUUGUGCAAUCACAAUUCCCACCAAACAUGUCCACAGCCACGCUGUCUCCCAUCAUGGCUUCAAACCACCCCUGCAGGCAGAUGUGACGCGGAUCCUUGAAUCAUUUGGGUGUGUUGACCAGUUCACUCCACCUUCCACCACCAUGGUGCCAAUCGUUGGGCUCAAAGUUUUACAUGGCCAGCUAUGCCUCAUGCAGGACUGUGGUUACCUGUCAGCUAUGCCUAGGACUAUGCAAGAACACUUCAAGCUUACUCACAAAGCUCAGCCAUGGUGCCCAAACUCUGCAGAACACAAUAUCCAGCGUGUAUAUGAGUUCUGUGGCAAUCAAACCCUCAUCCUUGUUGACCUUAACUUGAUCACAGCCCCACAACAACAUGCAUUCACUGACUAUUUGGACAAAAUGAAGAAGAAAGUCCCCAACAUCAAUCAUGAUGUCUAUCAUGUAGACAGCAACACACACAAACACAGAACAUUCCUCGCCAAAAUGGGCUGGAACAAGGCCAUCAAGGGACUCCAUGUCACCAACUUGCCCCAGGCUGUAUCAAGUCCCACUGAACAUGAGCAGCAUCUCCAGAUAUUGCACACCACAGUGCAUAACUGGCUCAGUGUGAUCUGUGCCAUGCUACCCAAUCUUGACCUCAUUUUUCUGCAUUUAAUCAACACAUCCAAAGGAUUUUAUGACUGGUUCCUCCAGGACAUCCUCACUGAGGGAAAGCAAUAUCCAUUCACCACAUUCUGCAAGGAGAUGCAUUUCCUUUCGGCCAUUGCUCAUUCCAAGACCAGACUCCCUAACCUUCUCUGGAAUGACACUCACACAGUGCUACAGGUUGAUGGCUCACUGCUCAUCGUAUCCACCAUCAGGGAUAUGGUGAAGUCAUUACUGGCUCACACUAACCAACUCAUAGUGUUACUGUCUGAAGGCAUCAAUUUGGCCAACUAUGACCAGUGCCUCAAGAAGCACUUGAAUGCUAGGAUCUCUCAAAUUGGCCUAAGGACCCCCUCCAGAAACAAGAUGAUGGCUACUCCUUUAUACAAGAUCCAGACAACCCAUUCAAAGCCCUCAGGAUGCCCUCCUCAAGGUACCAUGUAUGGGAGGGCACCUGUCCUGUCUUUAAACAAGUCUUGGGCUCCUGCUAUCAACAGCAGGGCUCCAAGGCUUGGCCCUGAGGUCUUCAUGCACUUUGGGAAAGCAUUAUGCAGUGAGGACUUCUCCAGCAUCCUUCAGUAUCAAACCAUGCAACACCUCCACAUACCCAUGGGCCUGAGGAUGUGGAGACAAGUGAUCAAAGCUCUGUUACACCAUAUCGUUAAUAUUGACAUUGAUGAUGAAGAUGAAAUGUUUGGACAUACCACCAGUACUGGCAGGUCGUGUUAUGGCCCCACCUGGAAUGACCUCCCUUCGCUCCACAAAGACAUGAUAGCUGAUCUCUUCAAGGCCGUUGGCCCUCAUCCAGAAAUCUCAUACACCAAGAUUCAUGAGGCAGUGUCCACUGCCCUUGGCAAGCUACAGCUUGCUUCCUCGCAACAGACUACCAUCAUCCAAGAGACUGCGUCAAGCCAUGCACAGGUGUUGGAGAUGCUGCAGGUGACCCAUGACAAGAUCGACCGCACUCACCAGGUGAUCUUGCAAGGCCAACACAGCCAACCAUCUUCUCUUAUCCAAGCCAUGGAGCCCCUUGACAUUGGAUUCUCCUGCAUUCAGGGCCUCCAUCUGUUCCUCCAGGACUCAAGCACUACAUUCAAAAGCAUCCAGCAGGUCCUAGCAAUAGAGGUCAUAUCAUGA